GCGCCAGGUGGGCUAUUUUUGCUACGUUAUUUCGGUGUAGCGGAGGGUAGGUUGGUCGCAGAGCCUGACGCGCCGGCAGUGUGGUGACAGGUUGGCCGGCUCUCUCCUGCUCGCACUCUAUCUCUGCCGGGACUGUAUAUAACACACCACCACCAUGUCCGACGACGAAUCAGCAUAUUCGGAUGCCGAAGCAAGUGAGGGGGAAGAAGGCGGUAAUGAGGAGGAACAUCAGCAAGCGCGAGAUGAGGCAAAAGAGAAAUUAAAGGAAGAUGCCGAUGAAGAGGAGAGGAGGAAGAAGGGAGAUGAGGGGGCCAACUUCCUCAAGAGCCGUCAGCAGAUAAAGAUGUCCGAGCUGGACGAACAACUGGCCGAGUACAUCGCUGAGUGGCGGAAGCAACGUUCAAAGGAGGAGGAUGAACUUAAGAAGCUUAAGGAGAAGCAGGCUAAGAGGAAGAUCCUCCGGGCUGAAGAAGAGAAGAAGCUGACGGAACAGAAGAGGGCCGAGGAGGACCGUAAGAUGCGAGAGGAAGGGGAGAGGAAGCAACGCGAGCAGGAAGAGAAGAGGAAGCGUCUUGAAGAGGCCGAAAAGAAGAGGCAGUCUAUGAUGAAGGGCUCCAGUGAGGACGGCGGCAAGAAGUUUGUCUCCAAGGGAGGUGAUAAGCUCUCCAACAUCCAAGCGGCCAAGGGCGAACUGGGCAAGACCCGGGAGCAGCUGGCCGAGGAGAAGAAGAUCGCUCUCUCCAUACGCGUCAAGCCUCUCAACGUCGACGGCAUCGGGGCCUCCAGCCUCCGCAGCAAGGCAGAGGAGAUGUGGAACCUCAUCAUCAAACUGGAGACUGAGAAAUACGACAUGGAAGAGAGGAUGAAGCGCCAGGACUAUGACUUGAAGGAGUUGAAAGAACGUCAAAAGCAACAGCUCAGGCAAAAGGCCUUGAAGAAGGGCCUUGACGCGGAGGCACUCACAGGCAAACACCCGCCCAAGAUCCAGACAGCCUCCAAAUUCGAGAGACGUACGGACAGGAGGACAUACGACGAUAAGAAGCAACUGUUUGAGGGCCCAAGCUUCCCAAGUGGUUCGGUGAGCGACCUGGCAAGAAAGCUGGAGAGCCUGAAACCCCAAUUGACGGCGAAGAGGAGGAAGAGCUAUUGGAACCCCCUCCACCUCCCGAGCCUGAAGAGGAAGAAGAGGAGGAAGAAGAGGAGGAGGAGGAGGAGGAAGAGGAGGAAGAAGAGGAGGAGGAGUGAGGAGACCGUCUCAUCGCCUUCCUCAGUUCUUCAUCCAUCCAACUUCUCACAUUCUCACACACUGUGUCGCUUAACAUCUCUCUCUGAACACUUUAACAAGUUCUCUCUGUUGUAUGGAGUCUACUAUCAGUUGAUUUUAAGUUAUCAUUAUUAUUAUUAUCAUUAUUAUUAUUAUUAUUAUAUAUUAUUAUAUUUAUUGCAGUAAUUAUUGGUUGGCGGUUAGUUUAGCAUGUGGUUAGGGCCGCGGACUUCGUAGCCUAAAUAUCCACGACACACAGCUUUGGACGAAGCUUUAAGCGUGGGUUCCUUGGGGUGACGUAGCUCCCUCGGGGUGACCUGUGGGCGGCGGUCAGGCCUCCCCUCCCCGCCGCCCGAGUACAAAAUCAUACGUGAGCUCCGUCAUCAUCACUCUCCCUCACCAC